CUGUGGCUGUGACUGUGACUGUGACUGUGACUGUGGCUAAUCGCUAACUUCUCCCAGACCUCUCAAUUUAUCACGGUCCAUAGGCAAUAGUUGCAGUUAAAAUUACAAUCUCCCGCCCCCAUCCAAAUCCUAAGAUUAGCACGCCAUGGGUCUUUUCUCAUCCUCGACUUCAGCUUCCUUACCACCCCCCAAGAUUGGCGCGGAUGGUGCACCCAUAGCUCCGGACCGCACACAAAGAUCUCGGUGCUGGGAAGCUAGGGAUGCUUAUUUUAAAUGCUUGGAUAAAGCAGAGAUCAUUGAUAGUAUUACGGAGAAGGACAAGGCGGAGAAAGCAUGUGCAGCAGAGAGCAAAGGAUUUGAAAGUAAUUGUGCUACGAGUUGGGUCCAAUACUUCAAAAAGCGAAGAGUUAUGGAAUACCAGCGCGAUCAAACUUUGCAGAGACUCAAAGCCGAAGGGGCACAGGAGAUGCCAGGUCAAAUAGGACCUCCAGGUCCAGGGCAGAGGCCAUGAUGAUAUGAGGAAAUAUAAUAAAUGUACAACAGCACAUGGACGGAGUAAUUGGUUUACAAAAGGGACCAAAUCACGAUAAUGAUCAUCUCCUAAUUUACAUCACCGCCAUGAGUUCCAAUCGCGUGCA